AUGAGAAACGUCCUGUUUGCUGCCGCCGGUCUGGCCGCCGUCAGGUCCGUGUACGCAGACUAUGAUGCCACCAUCUGCGGAAGGGAAAACAAGUUCACAAGCGACGAUAACCAGUUCAUCUUCCAGUCAAACGCCUGGUCCGCAGUCGGCGACGGCUUCCAAUGCGUAUCGACCCCUUCCCCUCCCCCCGAUCACCCCGCUGAUGCCGGCUCACAGGUCGACCAGUCCGUCCCGGCGUUCGACGCGCCGUGGAACUGGGAGGAGAACCCGGAGAACGUCCACUCGUUCCCCCACGUCCGCUUCAACUCGACCAAGCUGCCCACGCGCCUCGACGCCAUCAAGUCGUUGCGCCUCGCGACCCAAUGGACCAUGAGGGCAGGUAACCCAGGCGACAGCCCGCCGCGGGACUUCUCGGCGAACGUCUGGUCGGAGAACAAAAAGAACCUCACGGGCACCGUCGCCAAUGCCGCGUGGGACUUCUUCGUCGACAAGAACAAGAGCCGCACGUACAACCCCGUCGACGCUGAGGCCGAGAUCAUGAUCUGGCUGGGCAAGGUCGGCAACCCGUACCCGCUCAUGGGCGACUCCAUCCUCACGAACAUCACGCUGGGUUCGACCGAGUUCUCCCUCUGGUACGACACCAACCAGCGCGAGCAAAAGGUCUUUACCUGGGUCACCCGCAACGGCGAGGACGUGAACGAGUUCGACGAGGACGUCACGCCGCUCUUCAACUACGUCCUCGAGUCCGGCGAAAUCGACAAGGAGUCCUGGCUCGGUCUCGUCGAGUUCGGGACGGAGACGUGGCACUCCAAGGGGAACGUCACCUUCAGCGCCGCGCACUUUAGCAUGGAACUCGACAACGGCGACAGCGGCAGCUCUGGCUCCGGCUCCGGCGACGGGGAAAAAGACGCGGCUGUCACGGUCAGAGCCUCUUUCCUGCUCGCGGCGCCCGUGGUGUUGAUGUUGCUGUCCGCCUUCUGGUAG